CGAGCGAGAGGCUGCCUGCGCGCCGCAGGCUCCCAGCGCGUGCAGCCGGGGGCGCGGCUCGGUCACUGCCACACCCGAACUGCGCCCGCUCGGCGCCGACAGGCUCCGUGACCCGGGAGUGGAGAGCGGGGGCCGCCUAGACCGCUGUGCCCGGAUCCCCCCCGCGGGCUCAGAGGCGCGAGGAACCUGCCCGCGGGAUGGAGGCGACUGCGCGGGCCCCGGGCUGGGCACCACCGCUAGUCCUGCGGCCGCCGCCGCCGCCGCUGCUGCUGCUGCUGCUGCCGGUACUUUGCGCGGCCGCCGGUCACUCCCGGGCGGCGACCGAGCUCAGCCUGCACCCGCCCUAUUUCAACCUGGCUCAGGCUGCGCGGAUUUGGGCCACCGCCACCUGUGGGGAGCCGGAGCCCGACAGCAGGCGGCCCCGGCCCGAGCUCUACUGCAAGUUGGUGGGGGGACCGACCUCUCCGGGUGGAGGCCACACCAUCCAGGGCCAGUUCUGUGACUAUUGCAAUUCUGAGGAUCCCAAGAAAGCACAUCCAGUUACCUAUGCAAUUGAUGGAACUGAACGUUGGUGGCAAAGCCCGCCUCUCUCCUCAGGGACACGGUACGACAAGGUCAAUGUCACCUUGGACCUUGGGCAGCUCUUCCAUGUGGCCUAUGUCUUAAUCAAAUUUGCAAAUUCUCCUCGCCCCGACCUUUGGGUUUUGGAAAGAUCUGUAGACUUUGGAACAACUUACUUGCCUUGGCAAUAUUUUGCUCAUUCUAAAAUUGACUGUUGGGAACACUUUGGGCAGGAGGCAAAUGUGGCUAUCACCCGGGAUGAUGAUGUACUUUGUACUACGGAAUAUUCCCGUGUUGUUCCUUUGGAAAAUGGUGAGGUUGUGGUGUCCUUGAUCAAUGGUCGACCAGGUGCAAGAAACUUUACUUUCUCUCAUGCCCUGAGGGAGUUUACCAAGGCAACAAAUAUCCGUUUGCGUUUUCUCCAAACCAACACCCUUCUGGGACACCUCAUCUCCAAAGCAGAGAAAGAUCCAACCGUCACUAGGCGAUAUUAUUACAGCAUAAAGGAUAUCAGCAUUGGUGGGCGGUGUGUUUGCAACGGCCAUGCUGAAGUAUGUAAAGCAAACAAUCCUGAAAAACUGCCCAGGUUUCAGUGUGAAUGCCAGCACCACACCUGCGGGGAGACGUGCAACCGCUGCUGCACUGGGCACCAUCAGAGGCAGUGGCGGCCAGCCACAUCGACGCAGAGCAAUGAGUGUGAAGCAUGCAACUGCCAUGGCCACGCCACCGACUGUUACUAUGAUCCAAGUGUUGAGAAGCAGCAGGCAAGCUUGAAUAUCCAAGGCAUCUAUGCAGGUGGAGGGGUCUGCAUUAAUUGCCAGCAUAACACAGCUGGCGUAAACUGUGAAAAGUGCGUUCAGGGUUAUUAUCGCCCCUACGGCGUUCCAGUCGAUGCCCCCCACGGCUGCAUCCCUUGCAGCUGUAACCCCGAACACACGGACGACUGCGAGCAGGGCUCGGGUCGCUGUCGAUGCAAGCUGAAUUUCCAAGGAGACAACUGUGAGAAGUGUGCAGAUGGGUACUAUAAUUUCCCCCUUUGCUUGAGAAUUCCCAUUUUUCCUAUUUAUACUUCAAGUCCAGAAGAUCCUGUAGCUGGAAAUAUAAAAGGGUGUGACUGUGACCUACAGGGCGUUCUCCCUGAAAUCUGUGAUGCCCAUGGACGGUGUCUCUGUCGCCCUGGGGUAAGGGGUCCUCGGUGUGAUACCUGUCAGUCAGGAUCCUCCUUGUUCCCUGUUUGCCUAGCCUGCCAGUGUUCAACCCUUGGCUCCUACCAGACACCCUGCAACCCAACAACUGGACAGUGUGAAUGCCGGCCGGGGAUUACAGGACAGCGGUGUGACAGGUGUCUCUCAGGAACUGAUGAUUUCCCCUAUUGCCAAGGCUCCAGCAGCGACUGUGACCUAGCUGGUACCAUCGAUUCCAGUCUGGAGUAUUGCCAGUGCAAGCUCCAUGUUGAAGGUCCUACUUGUAGCAUCUGCAAACCAUUAUAUUGGAAUCUUGCCAAAGAAAACCCCAAUGGAUGUUCAGAAUGCCAGUGCGAUGUGGCAGGAACAGUGAGUGGAAUCGGAGCAUGUGGGCAGGAAGAUGGUGACUGUGACUGCAAGUCUCACGUCUUUGGUGAUUCCUGUGACACAUGUGAAGAUGGGUAUUUUGCUUUGGAAAAGAGCAAUUACUUUGGAUGUCAAGGGUGUCAGUGUGACAUUGGUGGAGCUCUCACCCCCAUGUGCGGUGGGCCCUCUGGAGGAUGCCAAUGCCGGGAGCAUGUUGUGGGGAACGCGUGCCAGCGACCUGAGAACAACUGCUAUUUCCCGGAUUUGCAUCAUAUGAAGUAUGAGAUUGAAGAUGGCAUUACACCUAAUGGAAGAGAUGUUCAGUUUGGAUUCGAUCCUCUGGAGUUUCCAGAUUUUAGCUGGAGAGGAUAUGCCCAGAUGACCUCCAUACAGAAUGAAGUAAGGAUAAUGUUGAAUGUGGGCAAGUCAAAGCUCUCCUUAUUUCGUGUUAUUCUGAGAUAUAUUAACCCUGGAACUGAAGCAGUAUCUGGCCAUAUAAUUAUUUAUUCUCCCUGGGUUAAUGAAGGUGCUGCUCAAAGCAAAGAGAUCAUCUUCCUGCCAAGCAAGGAGCCAGCCUUUGUCACUGUCCCUGGAAAUGGUUUCGCAGAUCCAUUUUCAAUGGCACCAGGGACAUGGAUUGCUUGUGUUAAGGCAGAUGGUGUCCUCCUGGAUUACCUGGUGCUGCUACCCAGAGACUACUAUGAAGCCUCCGCGCUGCAGCUGCCCAUCACAGAACCAUGUGCCUAUUCAGGACCUCCCCAAGAGAAUUGCCUGCUGUAUCAGCACUUGCCAAUGACCAGCUUCCCCUGUGUGCUGGCUUGUGAAGCCAGACACUUCCUGCUUGGAGGGCAGCCAAGGCCCUUGGCACUGAGACAGCCCACACCCGCACACCCCGUCAUGGUGGACCUCAGUGGGACAGAGGUGGGCCUGCACCUGCGGCUGCGCAUUCCGCAGGUCGGCCGCUACGUGGUGAUGGUCGAGUAUGCCGCAGAAGAGGACAGGAUGUUUGUGGCUGAUGUGAACAUGAAGAGCCCCGGAUCUCUGCCGGCUGGCCAGGUGAACAUCUACAGCUGCAAAUACAGCAUGCUCUGCCGGAGUGUCGUGAUCGAUCGCAUGAAUCGCAUUGCUGUGUAUGAGCUAUUAGCAGAUGCAGACAUUCAGCUCAAGGUCCACAUGGCCCGAUUCUUUCUGCAUCGAAUUUGUAUCAUACCAGUUCAAGAAUUCUCAACUGAAUAUUUGAGACCUCAAGUACACUGCAUUGCCAGUUAUGGGGGAUUUGUUAAUCAAAGUGCCACCUGUGUCUCCCUGACCCAUGAAACUCCUCCAACAGCGUUGAUUUUGGAUGCCUCAAGUGGUGGGCCUUCCCCUAUCCUACUGCAGGACCCUUCUGCUAAUGUUGUUACUGGAGUCACCUUGCAGGCACCGCAGAACCAAGUGACUCUGAGAGGACAUAUAGCACACCUGGGCCGAUAUGGCCUUGUCAUCCAUUUUUAUCAGCCAGUGCACCCGACGUUCCCCGCACAGGUGUUUGUGGAAGGAGGGCACCUGUGGUCAGGUUCCUUCCGUGCCUCUUUUUGCCCCCAUGUGCUUGGCUGCCAGGACCAAGUGAUCGCGGAUGGCCAGGUUGAGCUCGACAUCUCAGAGCCUGAGGUUGCAGUGACUGUGAAAGUUCCAGAAGGGAAGUCCUUGGUGUUGGUCCGUGUUCUAGUGGUGCCUGCAGAGAAUUAUGACUACCAAAUACGUCACAAAAAUUUGGUGGACAAGUCAUUAGAGUUUAUCAACAAUUGUGGAGCAAACAGUUUUUAUAUUGACCCCCAGACAGCCUCUGGAUUCUGUAAGAACUCCUCUAGGUCCCUGGUGGCCAUCUACCACAAUGGCGCUCUGCCUUGUGGGUGCCAUCCCACCGGGGCCAUCGGCCAUCCCUGCAGCCCGGAAGGUGGGCAGUGCCCUUGCAGGCCCAACAUUGUCGGGCGGCAGUGUACCCGCUGUCGGACAGGCUUCUAUGGGUUCCCGCACUGCAAACCAUGUAACUGUGGCCAGCGCCUUUGUGAAGAAGUGACGGGGAGGUGCCUUUGUCCUCCUCGCACGGCCAGGCCUGGGUGCGAGGUGUGCGAGGAGCAUUCCUUCAGCUUCCACCCUCUCGCUGGCUGUGAAGGCUGUAACUGCUCCAGGAGGGGCAUCAUUGGGGCUGCGACCCCGGAGUGUGACAGAGACAACGGGCAGUGCAGGUGCAAGCCCAGAAUCACAGGGCGUCAGUGUGACCGGUGUGUUUCUGGCUUUUUCCACUUCCCUGAGUGUAUUCCCUGCGAUUGCAACAGAGAUGGGACUGAGCCAGGAGUCUGUGACCCAGGGACUGGAGCUUGCCUUUGCAAGGAAAAUGUGGAAGGUACAGAAUGUGAUGUGUGUCGAAAAGGAUCAUUUUAUUUGGACCCAGCCAAUCCCAAGGGCUGUACCAGCUGCUUUUGUUUUGGAGUGAAUAAUCAGUGUCAGAGUACACAUAAGCGAAGAGCUAAGUUUGUGGCUAUGAUGGGCUGGCGCCUGGAGACGGCAGAUGGAGGGGACAUCCCCGUCUCCUUCAACCCAGGCAGCAACAGCGUGGUUGCAGACAUCCAGGAGCUGCCCUCCACUGUCCACAGCCUGACCUGGGUUGCUCCUCCCUCCUAUCUGGGGGACAAGGUUUCCUCCUAUGGUGGCUUCCUCACUUAUCAAGCCAAAUCCUUUGGCUUGCCCAGUGACAUGGUUCUUCUGGAAAAGAAGCCAGAUGUACAGCUCACUGGUCAGCAAAUGUCAAUAGUCUAUGAGGAUACAAACAGCCCACGUCCAGACCGGCUGUACUAUGGACGCGUUCAAAUGGUUGAGGGAAACUUCAGGCAUGCGGGCAGCCGUGCCCCUGUGUCUAGGGAAGAGCUGAUGACGGUGCUGUCUAGACUGGAAGGUGUGCGCAUCCGAGGCCUCUACUUCACAGAGACGCAGCGGCUAACCCUGGGCGAGGUGGGGCUGGAGGAGGCCUCCGACACAGGAACUGGAAGGAUAGCACAGCAUGUGGAGAUGUGUUCCUGCCCCCCUGACUAUGCUGGUGACUCAUGCCAGGGUUGCAGCCCUGGAUACUAUCAGGAUAACAACAGCUUAUAUCCAGGACAGUGUGUUCCCUGCAAUUGUAAUGGACAUUCAAAUCGAUGCCAGGAUGGCUCCGGAAUAUGUAUUAAUUGUCAGCAUAACACUGCUGGGGAACACUGUGAGCGCUGUAAAGAGGGUUACCAUGGCAAUGCCGUCCACGGAUCCUGUAGGGUCUGCCCGUGUCCUCAUACAAACAGUUUUGCUUUCGGCUGUGUUGUGAAUGGGGGGGACGUGAGGUGCUCCUGCAGACCUGGAUACACAGGAACUCAGUGUGAAAGGUGUGCACCAGGAUAUUUUGGGAAUCCCCAGAAAUUUGGAGGUAGCUGCCAGCCAUGCAAUUGUAACAGCAAUGGCCAGUUGAGCAGUUGUGACCCACUGACUGGAGACUGCAUAAACCAAGAACCCAAAGAUGGAGGCCCUGAAGAAGAAUGUGAUGAUUGUGACAGCUGUGUGAUAACGCUCCUGAAUGACCUGACUGCCAUGGGUGACGAGCUGCGCCUGGUCAAGUCUCAGCUGCAGGGUGUGAGUGCCAGCGCGGGCACGCUGGAGCAGAUGAGGCGCUUGGAGACCCAGACCAAGGACCUGAGGAAUCAGUUAUUCAACUACCGUUCUGCCAUUUCAAACCAUGGAACAAAAAUGGAUGACCUGGAAAAGGAACUGAGUAAUUUGAAUCGUGAAUUUGAGACUUUGCAAGAAAAGGUUCAAACAAAUUCAAGAAAAGCACAGACACUAUAUAAUAAUGUUGAUCGGACAACCCAAAGUGCAAAAGAGCUGGAUACAAAGGUUAAAAAUGUCAUCAGGAAUGUGCACAUUCUCUUGAAGCAGAUAUCUGGGGCAGGUGGAGAAGGAAACAACGUGCCUUCAGGUGAUUUUUCCAGAGAGUUGGCUGAAGGAGAACGCAUGAUGAGGGAAUUAAGGAACCGUCACUUUGGAAAGCACCUGAGAGAAGCCGAAACUGACAGAAAAGAAGCUCAGCUCUUGCUGAAUCGGAUAAAGAGCUGGCUGGAAACCCACCAGGCAGAGAACAGUGGACUUGUUAAGAGUAUGCAGAACUCUUUAAAUGAGUAUGAAGCCAAACUCAGUGACCUUCGUGCAGCACUACAGGAGGCCACUGCCCAAGCAAAACGCGCCACUGGCCUCAACCAAGAGAACGAGAGAACUUUGGAAACCAUUAAGAGACAAGUUAAAGAAACAAAUUCGCUACAGAGUGAUUUCACCAAGUAUCUUACGACUGCAGACUCUUCCUUGCUGCAAACUAACAUUGUGCUGCAGCUGAUGGAGAAAAGCCAGGAGGAAUAUGAAAAAUUAGCCACUACUUUAAAUGGAGCAAGGCAAGAGCUAAGUGACAAAGUGAGAGAACUUUCCAAAUCAGCCAGCAAGGAAUCUCUUGUGGUGGAGGCAGAAAAGCAUGCACAGUCUUUACAAGAACUAGCAAAGCAACUAGAAGAGAUCAAGAGGAAUACCAGUGGGGAUGAGCUGGUGCGCUGUGCCGUGGAUGCUGCCACAGCCUACGAGAGCAUCAUCAGUGCCAUCAAAGCAGCCGAGGAUGCAGCCAACAAGGCCAAGAGUGCAUCUGAGUCUGCUCUCCAGACCAUGAUAAAGGAAGAUCUUCCAAGAAAAGCCAAAACCCUAAGUUCCAACAGUGAUAAACUGUUAACGGAAGCCAAGAUAACACAGAGGAAGCUACAGCAAGAAAUCAGUCCAGCUCUCAGCAACUUACAGGAAACCCUGAAAAUCGUGACUGGUCAGAAAGAGCUGUUAGAGACCAAUCUCACUACCAUCCAUGAUGAUCUUCGUGGGAUACAGAGAGAGGAUAUCAGUGGCAUGAUCAAGAGUGCAAAGAGCAUGGUCAGAAACGCCGACGACAUCACAAAUGAGGUUCUGGAUGGGCUCAACCCCAUUCAGACAGAUGUGGAAAGAAUUAAGGAUACCUAUGGGAGCACACAGAGUGCUGACUUCAACAAGGCCCUGACUGAUGCAGAUAACUCAGUAAAGAAACUAACCAACAACCUGCCUGAUGUUUUGAGCAAGAUUGAAAGUAUCAACCAACAGCUUUUGCCUCUGGGAAACAUCUCUGACAACGUGGACCGUAUCCGAGAACUAAUUCAGCAGGCCAGAGAUGCUGCAAAUAAGGUUGCUGUUCCCAUGAGGUUCAAUGGGAAAUCAGGAGUUGAAGUCCGAUUGCCAAAUGACCUGGAAGAUUUGAAAGGAUACACAUCUCUUUCUUUGUUUCUUCAAAGAUCUGAAUUAAGAGAAAAUGGCGAGACUGAUAAUAUGUUUGUGAUGUACCUGGGAAAUAAAGAUGCUUCCAGGGACUACAUCGGCAUGGCUGUGGUAGAUGGUCAGCUCACGUGUGUCUACAACCUGGGAGAGCAGGAGGCUGAACUCCAGGUGGACCAGAUCUUGACCGAGAGUGAAACGCAGGAAGCUGUGAUGGACCGGGUAAAAUUUCAGAGAAUUUAUCAGUUUGCAAGGCUUAAUUACACCAAAGGAGCCACAUCCAGCAAACCAGAAGAACCCCAGUUCCAUGACAUGGAUAGUGGAAAAAGCAACACUCUCCUCAAUUUGGAUCCUGAAAAUGUUGUGUUUUAUGUUGGAGGUUACCCACCUGAUUUUAAACUUCCCAGGAGACUAAAAUUCCCUCCUUACAAAGGAUGUAUUGAAUUAGAUGACCUCAAUGAAGAUGUUCUGAGCUUAUACAACUUCAAAAAGACUUUCAAUCUCAACACAACUGAAGUGGAGCCUUGUAGAAGGAGAAAGGAAGAGUCGGACAAAAAUUAUUUUGAAGGUACGGGUUAUGCUCGAGUUCCAACUCAACCAAAUGCUCCCUUCCCAACCUUUGGACUGACGAUUCAGACCACUGUGGAUAGAGGUUUGCUGUUCUUUGCAGAAAACCAGGAUCACUUCAUAUCUCUAAAUAUAGAAGACGGCAGUCUCCUGGUGCGAUACAAACUGAAUUCAGGGUCACCAAAAGAAAAAGGAAUUAGAGAUAUCAUAAACGACGGGAAAGAUCAUUCGAUUCUGAUCAAAAUUGGGAAAACCCAAAAACUUAUGUGGAUAACUGUGAAUUCUCAAAACAUUAAAAUUGAAGGUGAAAUAUUUGAUUUCAGCACAUAUUAUCUGGGAGGAAUUCCAAUUUCAAUCAGGGAACGGUUUAAUAUUUCUACACCUGCUUUCCGAGGUUGCAUGAAAAAUCUGAAGAAAACUAGUGGUGUCGUUAGGUUGAAUGAUACUGUGGGAGUUACGAAAAAGUGCUCAGAAGACUGGAUGCUUGUGCGGUCUGCCUCAUUCUCCAGAGGAGGACAGUUGAGUUUCACCAAUUUGGGCUCACCAGAACCUGACAACUUUCAAGCCUCAUUUGGGUUUCAGACCUUUCAACCAAGUGGCAUAUUAUUAAAUCAUCAAACACGGACAAGUGGCCUGCAGGUCACUCUGGAAGAUGGUCAUAUUGAAUUGAGCACCAGGGAUAGCAGCACCCCAAUUUUUAGAUCUCCCCAGACGUACAUGGAUGGUUUACUGCAUCAUGUAUCUGUGAUAAACGACAACUCUGGAGUCCGGCUUCUGAUUGAUGACCAGCCACUAAAAACUAACCAGAGGCUGCAAGGCUUUUCAAACUCCCAGCAGUCACUUCGUCUGGGUGGGAGUAAUUUUGAGGGUUGUAUCUCCAAUAUUUUUAUUCAGAGAUUAUCACAGAGUCCUGCCGUUCUAGAUUUGGUCAGUAAAUCUGUCAAGAGAGAUGUGUCCCUGGGAGGCUGCAGUUUAAACAAACCGCCUUUUCUAAUGUUGCUUAAAGGUUCUAUAAGGUUUAACAAAGCCAAGACUUUGAGUAUCAACGUGCCCUUGCAGGACCCACCCGUGGCCUCCCCGAGGAUCCCAGAGAUGGGGCAAGAUGUGCAGUCCUGCCCACUACCAACCCAGGUACAGGCCGGUCACAGAGCCCUCCGGUUUGGGGACAGUCCCACCAGCCACUUGCUAUUCACCCUUCCUCAGGAGUUGCUGAAUCCCAGAUCACACUUUGCUGUGGAUGUGCAGACGACAUCAUCCAGGGGGCUCGUGUUUUACAUGGGGACCAAGAACUCCUUUAUGGCUCUUUAUCUGUCAAAAGGACGUCUGGUCUUUGCAUUGGGGACAGAAGGGAAAAAACUGAGACUCAAAAGCAAAGAGAAAUGCAAUGACGGGAAGUGGCACACGGUGGUGUUUGGGCAAGAUGGAAAAAAGGGGCGCUUGGUUGUAGAUGGUCUGAGGGCUCGGGAAGGAAUUUUGCCUGGAAAUUCCGCCUUCAGCAUUCAAACCCCAGUUUACCUGGGAUCAUCCCCAUCAGGAAAACCAAAGAGCCUCCCCCAAAACAGCUUUGUAGGAUGCCUCAAGGACUUUCAGUUGGAUUUAAAACCCUUGGGUGCCCCUGCUGCAAGCUUUGGGGUGUCCCCCUGCAUGGGUGGCUUUUUGGAGAAAGGUAUUUACUUCUCCCAAGAAGGAGGCCAUGUCAUCCUCGCAAAUUCUGUGCUAUUGGGGCCAGAAUUUAAGCUUGUUUUCAACAUUCGCCCAAGAAGUGUCACUGGAAUCCUAAUGCACAUUGGAAGUCAACCCGGGAAGCAUUUGUGUGUUUAUAUGGAGGCAGGAAAGGUCACAGCCUCUGUGAACAGUGGAGCUGAUGGGAUCUUGACUUCGAUCACCCCAAAGCGGUCUCUGUGUGAUGGACAGUGGCACUCAGUGACAGUCACCAUAAAACAAAACCUCCUGCACCUGGAAGUGGACGCAGACAAGAGCUACACAGCUGGACGGCUCAUCUUCCCACCUGCCAGCACUCAGGAGCCACUACACAUAGGAGGGGUCCCAGCCAAUUUGAAGACACUGAAGCUACCUGUGAGGAACCCGUUUUUCGGCUGUCUGAAGAAUAUUCAAGUCAACCAUAUCCCUGUCCCUGUCACCAAAGCAGCAGAGGUCCACGGGGCCGUCAGCCUGAACGGCUGCCCUGACCUCUAACACGAGCCCACCACGCAGCAGGGAAAUUCACCAUCAAAAGCACUGCGUAGCCCAGGCACCUCCCUCACCCGCUUCAAGAUCACUCUUGACUUCAGAAACCAUCCGGAUGGGUUUCAUAGCAAAUAUUAUUUUGAAUUCUGACCAUAUACCCUUAUUUGGGCAUUUUUGCACUCAGUGUUACAAACGUAUUUCAUAUAAAAAUCCCAUUUCUUUAAGAAGAUGAA